AUGUCAUGGGAGCCUAGAGAUGACUCUGGACCUAGCCCCAGCAACGCAGGGGUGACACAAUCGUCACUGUACGAGAUUGAAGACGAUGGGUUAACGAGGGGACAACAAAUUGACUGCAGUAAUCUGGAAGAUCUCCUUGUCUACAAUGAAACAUAUUCGGAAAUCAUUGAUUCAUCUCUCGCCCUUGUAGAGCAACAACUGAUCGAUAAUCAAAUGAGACAAAGUCAGUUGAAAGAAGAACAUCGCAAAUACAAUCGUGCGGAUAUCACAAAGCGCAAAGUUCCGGUACAUCUUUAUAUGCCACCAUAUUUCAAAGAUGAGAACGGCAUGUGCCCUCCGAUGAGUGCCGAAGCUCGUGAAAAACAAGAACUCAAAUGGUUUGAUCCAUUGAUGAAAGAAGAGAAAAAGUGGACGCCUUCUGAAAUCAGAACACUCCGCACUGCUGUCAAAGAAUCGAUGGUUGCUCAUGAGGUUCAGCCCUUAUGCUCGCGAAGAGACAUCAUAGUAUCGAAAUUGAAAAAUGCGGAUAUCACUACCACAAACAAAGAAAGACGUCAAUGGACAAUGGAAUUAGAAGAUGUGAUGAGAAAUAUUGGAUACGUCAAAGGAAAGCCCGAAGAAGAAGUUCUGACAGCGUCUGCCGAUUAUUCAGUUAUUCCAUGGAACGCGGUUGCUAACGUUGAUUUCAAAGGUACUCGAACAGAGUGGGCUGUAAGAGCAAAAUGGUGCAAUGAGUUGAAUCCGAAGUGGAACAGGGGCCCAUGGCCAACAGAAGAAGUUGAAAAACUGAAGUUUCUUCGAGAAAGUCCGAAGUUCGUCUCGUGGCAAAUGCUUGCACUCAAUCUAGGUACCAAUCGUACAUCCUAUCAAUGCAUGGAGAAGUAUAAAACUGAUGUUUCCCAGCAUUCAAAAGAAUGGACACAAGACGAAGAUACAAAAUUGAUUGCUCUCACUAAGCUCACAUCUAUCAAUGGACACAUUCAAUGGGACAAAGUUGCUCAAUUCAUGCCAGGAAGAACGCGUCAACAAGUCAGAACUCGUUUUUCGCAUAGCCUCGACUCGUCUGUCAAGCAUGGAAGAUGGUCUGAUCAAGAAGAUGUGCUACUCAUCAGUGCCAUCUCUCGAUACGGAGCCAAAGACUGGGCUAAAGUUGCUCAAGCUGUCCGGAAUCGAAAUGAUUCACAGUGUCGUGAGAGAUGGAUGAACGUUUUGAAUAGAUCUGCUCAUGUUAACGAACGCUUUACAUUGAUGGAAGACGACAAACUUCUGUAUGCAAUCAAAAUUUUCGGCAAAGGAAAUUGGGCGAAAUGUCAAUCUAUCCUUCCGAGGAAAACUCCAAAACAACUAAGAAGAAGAUAUCUACAGCUGAUUGCUGCGAAAUUGAGACUCGCUUCUGGCAUAUGUAAUGCUAUCGAUGCAAUGAAAUCGGGUAGGCGUGCGCCUGGAGAAGACGAACUGGAUCAAGAAGACAAGGAAGAAGCUGAGAAGAUUCCGAAUGCAAUCAUGAAAGAGAUCUAUGAAAAGCUUGCCAAGGACAAUCCAGAUGUUGGAGAGACACCAGAAGAGUUUUUCAAGAGAUCAAUGAGCUCGAAGCUCCGGUAUGCUGCGGCUCGAAUUCGCGUUCUCAAGAGUACACCUGGUUACAAAGCUGUUGAAAACCAUAUCAACGAAAUUGUCAAAAAGCAUCAAAACGUAGAUGAAAUCGACAAAGAGUUGAAGUCCAGCGAAAUUCUUUCAUCUCUUCGUCUUAGUGAAGUCGACAUUCGUUAUAUGCUGGAGAAGAGCAAAUCAAUGGAUCGUUACUACAGGGCUAGACAAUUCAAAAAGAAUGUUGACCAAAUCGGAUGUCGUGUACGCCCUGUCAAUAUCAAGAUUGAUCCGGAAACAUUGAUAACAUAUAAUCCAGAAGAUUCGGAAAGUGAGAAGAGAAUGAUCCUUGUAGAGGGUCUGUGCACUGUAGUUCGCCAACAUGAUCACGUUGAAUGGGGAAAAAAGUUUUGGACCGAACACCGUUUUGAAGCUUCCAGAAAAGCUAAGAAUUUCGCUGAAAAGAUGGUGUUAGACAAGUCAGUAGAAGUGGCUGAUUGGGCUCAUCGAAUCGGAUCGAAAAUGUUCGAUUCAGCUGAUAUACAUUGUCCCGCAAAAACAACACUUCCACCAACGACUGCGUCUGUAGACAUGAUGAGAAUGGUCCAAAAGGCACGUGCCGGUUUGAAUCGUCUAGCUGCAGAACAUUUUUAUCCGGUUGAUGUUUCUCUCGAACAGCAACCGACGUUUACAAACGAAGACAGAGAAAAACUCGACGAAAGUAGACGAAUGAAUAUCACUCUCUCCGAGGAAGUCACUAACAGUACUGAGUAUUCACUGUUUUAUGCCCGCAUGAGAACUAUCCUCCUUGAACCCAUGCGUCUUCAAAUAGCACGCGAGUCUGUAACAGAUGAAACCAAACGACUUGCUCUCUGUCUCUCGGAAGAUCGUGCUCAUGAGGAAGAAUCUGUGGCAGUCAACAAAAAGAACAGACCUCAAAUGCCAAGUAACUCCGUCAGUGUGACACCAACAUCAGUUGCGCGUGUUUUAAAUACUGGUAUGAACAUCGAUACAACUGGCAUUUUGGCUGCUUCUGAUAAGAAUUCCAGUGCGAAGAUUCAGGCGAAAAGAAAUAUCAGAAAUACUGUUGACGAAGUUGCUAGGCGACUGUCUAUGCGUGCUACUCCGGCUAAAAGCCAUGUUUCAAUCAAUUCAACCGAUUCGGGCCUCGAUUAA